AUGAAUAGCAGUUCAAGUAGUGGAAGUAUUAAUGAUAGUUAGCAAGUGUUGCAUAUUCGUUCAGAUGUAUUCGAGCAUGCUGUAUUUCCAACACCUGCUAAAUUAACUCUGAUCAAUUUAGUACAUUUAUUUGGAAGUUUGAACUAAGUGGCGAAUAAAGAAAAAAAAAUAACUCUUGAAUAAUUUAAGGAGCACAUAUAAAAACAUACUAGCAACAUUAAUGAAAAGGAUGCAGAAAUUUAUUUUUUAACUUAUAAAAUGGUAACUGAAGAUGAUGUUAGUUUUGUAAUUUAAGCAGCGAAAAAAUAAUCAACUAGUUCAACAGUUUAGCAAUAAUAGAAUUAAAUGCCUAUAUUAUAUGCUGAUGUGAGAGGUUUGGCUGUAUUCUUCUUCUUAUAGCUUUUUAGUAUUUCUGCAAGAAAUUAAUUUUCUAUGGAUUUUAGAAAGAGCGAAUUUAAUACUCACUUUAAUGAAGGUUUUAGGGGAAAUUUAUCUCAUAAUUUUUCUCCUCUAAAUUCACCUCGUUCAAAGACAACAAGGACAACUCCUUAAUUCUCUUCUGAAUAGCAAUAAGCAAUUUAUUAUAUCAGAUACAAUAUAAAGACAAUACUAAAGUUGUUAAGUAAUGAUAUAGACAAUGAGGAUUGCUCUCUCAAAGCUCAAGAUUUUAAUGUUUUACAACUUAUUUUAAAGCCAGAUAUCAGCUAACUUAAUAAAAUUACAUUACCAUCUUAAUUUUAGGCAUCUAAGCUUGCCUAGCUCAACUUACCUCCUACCUUGUCAUAAUAUUCAGGAAAAUUCAAUAAAGAAGAUAAAGUACAUAUGAAUACACUCUCCGAAUAUAUUUCUUCAUCUAUUUCUAUGAAUGAACAAGCAAUUGAUGUAAUAUAUAUCCAAGGACUCACUAAAAGUGUCAUGUGCAAAGAUGAAAAAUUCUGUGCAGGCCAAGAUUUAAGAAUAUUAAAUUGUGAAGAUUCUUACAUAUAUAUAGAUGCAGCAGUUUAAAGUCUUUCAGUUACAAAUUGUACAAACACAACAAUUUUUAUUUCAGCAGUUAAUAAAAUAUGCACAAUUGACAAAUCAGAAAAUUUAACAAUUACUGUGGCAAGUAACUUUCUGAGAAUAGGCAAUACCAUAGACUCCACAGUUUAUUAUUAUGGUAGCUAUUAUCCCGUUUUGUAUGGUGACAAUCGUUCUGUAACAUUAGCUCCUAAUAAUGCUAACUAUUUAGACCUGUUUGAAAGAAUGAAAUAAGCUAAAAUCCCUCUUAACUAUAAAAGUAGCCUUAAUUUUGCUUCUCCAAUUGUAAUGAAUUAAAACUAAGCCAUGAGCUAUACUGUCUUACCAACAAAAGAAUUCUUCCCAAUAAAUUUACCUCCUUAAUUCAAGCCCGUUAGCCAUAGUUAAGUUUAAACAUUCGAAUAGAUCCUUUCUCCAUAGUUUGAAAAAUAUUUGAUAGAUUAAAAAAAUAAUCAAUAAGAAUCAGUUUCUACUAAUAUGAUCAUUCCUUUACUAGCUCCAAACGACUAUCGUGACUAAGUCAUUCAAAGAUUUAAACUCUAUACCGAUUACUAAACCAUGUUAAAAAAUUCUGGACUCUCAGAUUCUCAGUCUAAAAUGCUCUAAAGUGCCAUAUAAGGUUAUUUCAGAGAAUGGAUGGUUUAAACUGGCUAAAUCAAACCUAUUUCUGAUCUUGUAAAAAUGAUUAAUCAAGAUUGA